GGCAAAGCAGUAUCAACAUUCUAUAACUAUGAAGUAUGAAAGAGUCCACAGUGCCUGCACCCCAGCAGUACGGCUGGAAAGGCUCCGGGUCCUCAUUUAAAACAGGGAUGCUAGUGUUGGGCUCCCGGAAGAGGGAAACAGCAGUAGACUUGAAGGACCUGCUGCCAUUUCUUCAGCUUCCUUUCUCAGCUGUGGGCAACAAACAAACAACUGCAGAAAGCAGACAAUGGACCCUGAAGCAAAGGCCCAGGGGAAGGUGCUUUCCAGGCUUUGGAGUUUUCAGUUCUGCCGAGCAAAUAAGGACAUUUCUACAGGCGAUGGCGAAAAUACACGGACACUCUGGGACUGCUGCAAAAACUGCAAAAUCAACCCCCAGGGUGCUAAACCUAAGGAGAAGGAGAAACAAAAACCCGAAUUGUGCUCAAAACUGGACAGGCUGGAGACCCAUAACAAGAUGGCUCGCCCCUCUGCAGCUAUUAGCAUCACCACAGAAAACACCAUGGGAUCUGAAACUGCAAUUUCAAUAGACGACACCCUGGAAUCCACAAUCCGUUCAUUCCAUUCAAUGCAGUCAGAUGGUGCCAGCUUACUGGAUGUGGAAAUCAUCAUCAGUGUCAUGGAGUGUGCUCACAAUGAAGAAAAGACAUUCACAGAUAAUAAUGAGGAAAACAUUAGCUUCCUCCGUGCCAUCUCCACAACGUGCCUAGCUGCCCUGAAGAGUGGUCAAGACAAACUGGAUCUCCCAUACACAAAAGCAGAAUUGGCAGAAGUGCUACUGAUGAUUAUGGAGACACUGCCCAGCUACUCUGUGCCAUCUUUCACUCUGUCCUGCUCUAUGUUGGCUGUCUACAAUCUCAGCAAAAUCAAGCCUCCUUUUGAACGUGAGCAGGAAACAUGCAUCUUGCGGCUGGCUUUUCACGGUGUCUUCAGCAUGCAAACAGACCAAGGGGAUUCUCACAGUCAGGCUCUCUACAAAUCAUCCUCUGACACAAUGGAAACUAUGCUGAAAGGGUUGCUGUCUGAGGUUCCAACCACAAGCCAUCUCCUGUUUAUAUUAGAGCACAUCAGCUUCUGGAUUCAUUCACAUGAUAUCCAAGAGAGAUCGAGGGCCAUCAAAUGCAGCACUUUGUUCCUUCGCCAUGCUAUUCGGCUACCAGAUUUUGAAAAGUCUGGUGAACUCCCUGCCUUGGGACGUCAGGUGGCCCAGUUUGGAAUCUACAUUUCAGAUUCAGUGGACGAUGUGAGCUAUUAUGCCAGGGAGGCUAUCAAGUACAUGUAUCAGUUGCUGCUUCAUCAGAUGGGGCUGGCCAUAAGAGAGACAGGAGGACUGUGGUGCCAGACAUCUGAAAACAAGAAGAUGCUGGAUUAUAAAGACACCCGCACAGUGGGUGAGUUGUUUGGGAAGAUCUUCACAGAGGAUCAGAAGAGAACUUUUCUGCAGACCUCUUUGCUGGCCAUGUAUGAUCCCCUGAGGAGGAAAAGUGAGGCUGGGAUUCUCCUAGUAUAUUCCCUCCUGGGGAAGGCAGGAGACUUAAUGGGAGAUACGCCAGAAGAAGUGGAAAAGAAGAUCUACAAGCAGCUCUUCAGACUUCGGACACUCCGGGAAGUGCCAGAAGCCUUGCAAUGCCUCAUUCCAAAUAAAGGUGAUGGGAUACUUCAGGCUACAAAGAACUAAAACUCCCAUGAUAAUAUCACUUCAGGCAGGAAAACAAAGGCCACAGGAGGCCACGCUUAGCUGUGUGUUUCCACCUUGCCUCUGGCUUUUUUCCUGGAAAUGUGUCUUCCUCCCAUCCAUUAUAGCAGAAAGGCACAGCUGUCUCCCCAAGAACCCGUAACAGCCAAGGGAACUGGAUAUGAUCUACCUGGAACCAGUUUUGUAUUGGAUUUCAGAGCAACACUCUCUAUAAAAGACAAUUGGAAGCACCACACAGUGCAAGUGACAAGUACAGUGCCAAUGGAAGGAAGCUGCCACGGGGCACAUUCAUUUGACACAGCCAUUCAGUGAUCCCAGGGGCCAGAACCAUGACACAAAAUCCUUUUUAUAUACAUGCAAUUAAACGAGUACAGUGAUUUCUCCCUUAUCCAGUUAAAUUGUACAUGUUUUCUAUUAACUAU